AAGGAAUCUCCCUCUCUCUCUGUCUCUAGAGCUCCCUAUCUAUAGGGAAAGCUCUGUUGAUUUAGUGAUUCGGUUUCAGGAGGGGAUAAGAAGGGAGACGCCAGUCAAAAAGGAGGGAGAAGGAGAGAAGCAGAUGGGUUUCAAAUCCGGUUUAAUUUUGGUCGUUCUCCUGCUAUUUUUUUUUACAGCGGCACGGCGUUCUUACUCAACGCGGGUCUUCACUAUCGUGAACGAAUGCAAAACAUCCCUAUGGCCCGCCGUGACCCCUGGCGAUAACUUCAACGGCGGCGGUUUUUCCCUCCGGCCGGGCCAAUCCGUAGUGUUCACUGCUCCCGUAGGCUGGUCCGGCCGAAUCUGGGCCCGAACUGGCUGCAACUUCGACCAAGGCGGCAACGGCUCCUGUGAUACCGGCGCAUGCGGCACAAUUCUCAAGUGUGCCUCAACCGGCGAAACCCCGGUGACCCUCGCCGAGUUUACACUUGCCAACUUGGACUUCUAUGACGUGAGCCUUGUUGACGGGUUCAACGUUCCGGUGACGAUCAGGGCUGUGGGAGGGACGGGCAGAUGCAUGCAGGCGGGGUGCACAGGAGAUUUGAGGGUGGACUGCCCGGAAGAGCUCGUGAAGAAGGUGGGAGGGAGGGCGGUCGCUUGCCGGAGUGCGUGCGAUGUGUUUAACACGGAUGAGUAUUGUUGUAGAGGGUUGUUCGGGAAUCCGAGCACGUGCCAGCCGACGUUCUAUUCGAAGAAGUUUAAGGAGGCGUGCCCGACGGCGUAUAGUUAUGCAUACGACGACCCAACCAGUAUUUUUACAUGCUCCGAUGCAGAUUACGUUAUCACUUUCUGCGCCAGGAAGCAAACCGUGUGCACAUAUCAUAAUAACAGGUUAAUUUGCAGCAGGUCUAACAGAUCUGCUAUGUUUUUUGCCAAAUGGCUUACUGCUAUAUCGGUUUCUGUAAGUUUAUUUCUAGGGCAUUAAAGGUAAUUAUUAUUAUUUUUUUAAAUGUAAAGAUGGAGGUAAACUCAUUAAAUUACGAAUUGUUGCUGCAUGUA